AUGGCGCAAAUUCGAUCCCAUGAGUUGGGCUCAUCCUUCGGGUCUUCACCAACGCCUCAGGAUGUGCAAAAUGACCCUAGCAAGGAGAAAUCAUCAUUCAUCGACUUUGUCCAAAAAAUGUGGCAGAAAACCGGGUUGGAUAGGCCCACAGUCCUCUUGAUGAUGAAGGGUGGUAUUUCCCCCACCAUAGCCAUUUCCAUCUGCCAAGCCAAGCCUGUAGCCGACGAGUAUACGACCUUGGGCUAUCUCGUAGCCAUUGUCUCUAUACUGGGCUUUGCCAUUAUGCCCCGGGCUAAGUUCAUUCAGAUGAUGAUCUUUGAUGUUUUUGCGGUCUGCAUAGCAGCAUGUUUUGCCUUGUUGACAAUGUUCUGCAGCGUCAGGGCGCGCCAACACACCGCUACUAACCCUACUGAGGCAUACAACUCCUCCGCCUCUGCUGUCAGUGGUCUGUGGUUGUUCAUCCAAAUCUGGAUGGUUCACACCUUUCGAGCCAAAUACCCGCAGUUGCAAUUCCCCGUGAUUAUUUACGCAAUCUUCGCGAACAUUUCUUCAAUAUACGCCCCUCAAAUGAAGAACAUGACUGCUGCGUCUAAUAUGGUGAGCAAGUUACUCAAAGCUUGCCUUACUGGCCUCGGUAUUUCAACAGCAACGUCGCUAUUUAUUCUUCCGAUGACAUCACGGCAGGUCGUCCUCAAACAAAUGGCAGGCUAUAUUGGCGGACUUCGCUCAGCCUUGAAUGCCCAUGCUUUGUAUUUCCAAUCACUGGAAAGAGAAGACAUGUUUGGUCGCACGGAGACUUAUGAUGACGCCCGUGAGAAGUUUGGCAAGAAGGGAAAGAUCUACAGUCCCGAGGCAGAAGCUAUCCGCGGUGCGGUCCGACAGAUUACAGAUAUACAUGCCAAGCUCCAUGGAGAUCUUACAUUUGCGAAGCGUGAGAUUGCAUUAGGAAAAUUGGGACCUGAUGAUCUUCAGGCGAUAUUCCGUCAUCUUCGCCAGAUUAUGAUCCCGGUCGUGGGUUUGAGCUUCGUGGUGGACAUCUUUCAGCGCCUGUCGGACUAUAACAGAUGGAAUCAGCCCAUUGAUCUAAAUGUGCCUGUGGUGCCAGAGGAUAUCCGACAGCGCGUUGUUCAAGAGUGGAAUGAUAUCAUGAGGGCGGUACACGAUCCCUUUGCGGUGAUGAUCCAAACUAUUGAUGAGGGAUUGCUGCACACUUCCUAUGUCUUCGGACUAACAAAACCACCAAAACGCCAAGCUGCAGCGAAAUCUUCAAACGGCUAUUCAACAGAGGGGUGCGAAGAUGUGGAGGCCAAAGCCGAGAACACUGCUCCGGGAGAAAAAGCAUUCACGGAGCAUUUUGAAAAGAAACUUGGCGAAUUUCGAAGCGCAAAACGCCUUGCUCUGCAGACUUGGGCUGAGGAGAAGGGAGUCACGCUCCCGCCCGACUUUUUCGAUCACCCUGAAAUGUUGAACACUGACUUUUUGGACACCUCAGCUACUCAAAAAGAGCGAAGCCGACGACAACUGUAUCUAUUUCUCUAUAUGGAACAAUUGCUGUACUCGACUGGCCAAACUGUUCUCGACUUUGUCCGUUAUGCCAAUCAUGUUGAGGCUAAGGGAAAGCUACUGAAGACCCGACUCGUUAUUCCUGGUGGCAAGCGAGUGUGGAAAUGGGCCAAGUCCUUUUUGAGUGCUCAGGAUAACGAAGAUGAUAAUAUGGGUGACAUUCAUACACAAAACAACAUUCUUCAGCUUGGCGAGGCGUAUAAACUGCGCAAAGACCCGGAGCAUCUACCACCGACUACUCUUUUUGAGAGGAUGGGAGACAAAGUUCGUGUCUUCCCGGGGUUUCUGCGCUCGUUUGAGUCGACCUACGGCUUCCGUGUCGCCUGUGCCACCAUGACCAUUGCAAUCGUUGGAUUUCUACGCGAUACACAGACCUUUUUCACUGCGCAAAGAUUAGUGUGGGCUUUGAUCAUGAUCAAUCUCAGCAUGUCUCCCACCUCAGGACAGAGCAUUUUUAGUUUCGUGUUGCGGAUUUUGGGUACAUUCCUUGCAAUGGUAGCAUGUCUUCUGAUCUGGUAUAUUCCAGGUAAACAGACACCUGGUAUCAUUGUUUUCCUGUUUAUCUUUGUCUCCAUUGCCUUCUACAUCCCCAUCAAGAUGUUCCGCUUCCGAGCGGUCGGGAUCAUCAGCAUCAUCACUACAAGCAUGAUCAUUGGUUAUGAGCUCCAAGUUCGCCGAGUCGGUGAGGCAGUCGCGACAUCCAAUGGACAGCCCUACUACCCCAUUUACCUUCUGGCACCUUAUCGACUGGCUGUUGUGGCGGGCGGUAUUGCUGUCGCAUUCUUUUGGACGUUCUUUCCAUAUCCAAUCUCAGAGCAUUCAGUCCUCCGUCAGAGUCUAGGAGCAUCGUUGUAUCUUCUCGCAAACUACUACUCGAUUAUUCACGAGACGAUCUCCGGUCGUAUGCGUGGUGACAAGGGCGAAUACCUACUCAAAACCUCUUCGGGUCGCAAACUGGAGAAAGCGCGACGCAAAGUGUUUUCAAAGCAGAUGCUUAUGCUAGCCGGUUUACGAACAUACUCUGGGUUUCUUCGAUGGGAGGUUCCUGUUGGUGGUCGGUUUCCCAAGAAGCAGUAUGAUUCAAUUAUUGUCUGUGUAGAAAACAUCGUGAACUAUCUCAGCUUGCUAGGUUACGCAUCCGAUACCCUCAUGUCUAUUGACGACGCCGAAGAUCCAGCAGAUGCCAUCUGGAUGACAGAUUUCCGACGCCUCAUCAAUACUGCCAAGGUGACAACUCACGAGGUUACAUCUUUACUCUGUCUUCUUUCUGCUAGCAUUACGAACCGACAACCUCUGCCGCCGUAUCUCAAAGCACCUCGACCGUAUAGCUUCACGAAGCGCCUGAUGGAGCUUGACAGUGACCUUCUGAGCCUCCGGCACAUUGCCGAGCCAGGAUUCGCGGCGUUUGCAGUCUUGCAGAUCUCAACCCGCUGCAUUGUCGGUGAUAUGGACAGACUACUGAAGUAG